AUGAGCGCGCCGUCGACGUCGGAGCGCAACGCGCUUCGGUACUUCUACCCCGGGUCCACCGCGCGCAAUGGAAACCUGGUGUUCCUCGCGCCCGGCGUCCGCUCCCUGACCGGCGCGGAUGCCGGCGAACUGCUCUCGCUCGACGGCGUGGACCUAUCGAGAUGGCGAGCCAGGUACCAGCACGACGAGUACGAGGGUUGGGCGGCGGUGCAGGACGACACCGCGCUGGAGUUCCGAGGGGACAGGAGGACCCUGGACCUCUCGCUCGAGCGUCGCGCGGAUCCGCUCGAGCGUCGUGCGCCUUUAUCGAGUCCCGAACGCAUCCCGGGCCUCGAGAACAUCGAGACGCGCGCGCGGGGCGUCGUCGUACCGGCACCGGGCGACGAAUCGAGAGACGGAUACUUCGGCAUCGGCAUCGUCGGAGGUAAGAACGAAGCCAACCAGGGCACGCUCUGGCGAUCCGCGUACCAGCUCGGCGCCGCGUUCACGUACACCGUCGGCGCCAGGUUCGAGAAAUCCUCCUCGGACACCACGAAGACGUGGACCAACCUGCCGAUGUACUCGCACGACAACUGGAACGCCUUUGCCGCCUCGGCGCCCUACGACGCGGCUUGGGUCGCCGUGGAGAUGGGGGGCGCGCCGCUCGCCACGUUUCACCACCCCGACAGGGCGGUGUACGUGUUGGGCUCGGAAGAUAACGGCCUUAACUCGUCGGUGCUGAGGGCGUGCGCGCACGUAGUGGAGCUACCCGCGGAGGUUGGCCGAGGCGCGAGUUUCAACGUCGCCGUCGCCGGUUCACUCGUCAUGUACGACAGGCUGGUGAAGCGACGGAAAGGUCGGGGCGGCGUCGUGGGCGGGGGGGUGGACGAGAGGAAUAGUUUACCGGGCGGGCGAGUCGGGGUGGACAGCGCGAAACCGGUACGGGGUGGGGGAACCUAG